GAGCAGGCUGGGAGCAGGACAAGGACUGAGUCAGGUGACAGGACAGACAGUGCCACACCUUACUGUUCCUGCCUCGGCCCACACCUUGAGGGUCAUGCAAGCAUCAUCAUCAAGUGUGACAGAGUGUGAGGCUAGGAGAACCUGCCCCGAGAUCCUCCCACUCAGCUGGGGCCCGGGCCCCAUCCUAGUCACUGGGCUCACACUCACCACACCCCUGGAUCCAUAGAGGCCACACCCCCUUGUCCUCUGCCAGAGGUGAUUAUUCGGGGUUUUAGUCCACCUCAUCCCCCUCCUCAGACCAAGCCAUCCGGCUUCAAGCCUUCUCUCUGCCUUCAAAACGGCGGCUGGACCUGAAAGCUUGGGAAUGCGAACGGGGCUAGAAGAGCAGGUGCUCUCCUCUGAGGCAUUCCCAGGAUUGUUUCUUGUCGGUAGCAACGACUAGGGCUGGGCUUCCUGUGGGCAGUGGGCUCCAGGCUCCUUUGCUAAUGGCAGGUGGUCUCUAAGCUGAUGGAGCAGAAAAGGUAUGGGGGCAGUGAGGGGUGUGACCACGGCUGGAAGUUCCUGGGGUUUGCAUUUGGUGUUUCUAAUAAGGACCCACGUGGAGGAACAGGUUUGGAGAGAGCAGGUUACCCCUCCCACUGGGGUUGGAAGGCUAAGUCCCCUCCACAACAGGGCAGCUCCAGGGAGCAGUCCUGCCUACUCCUUGAACGUCCUCCUGGCUCAGGGGGGAUGUAGGAGCUCCCCCACUUCUGCCCUGUCCUGCCGCAAAGGCAGAGCAAGGGUUAACUCACUGCAGGGUGGAAGUGGGCCCCUGGCUCCAGAUCUGCCCCUCCUGGGGCGGCCAGUAGGCAGGCUUCCCCCUGGAGGCCGGAAGGCACUGCCUGGCUGGCAGCAGGAAGGGGUUAAGCGCCCUGCGUCCUCCUGUGUCCUGUUACUGCUGAGGCAGACCUGCCCGGCCAGCUGAGCAACUUUCCUGCGAGCCCAGUGCUGCCGGCUCCAGGCAGAGCUGCUGCCCAUUCUGGGGACCCUGCUGCUGCCACUCACUGAGGGUGGGUCUCCGGCAGGAGGGUCCAUGGUGGAUGGCUUAGGAGCUGCUCCGGGGCUCUGCUCCAGGUCCAAGGGUCACUGCAGAGGCUGCCUGGGCUGGGGCUGGGGCCGAGGGAGCCCACCGCAGAGCCCCAUGUGGACCCCAAGGACACAGCCACCCUGCUGAGAGUUCCGUGGUCUGCCCUCGGAGACCGUGACCUCGAGACGGCGGCCCUCUGCGGCCCUCCACCUCCGGCGGGGGCGGGGGCCGGCCACCUCCAAGUGCUCGGCCAUGACGACCUCUGCACUCCGGCGCCAGGUGAAGAACAUCGUGCACAACUACUCGGAGGCAGAGAUCAAAGUGCGCGAGGCCACCAGCAAUGACCCCUGGGGCCCGCCCAGCUCACUCAUGUCCGAGAUCGCCGACCUGACCUUCAACACGGUGGCCUUCGCCGAGGUCAUGGGCAUGCUGUGGCGACGGCUCAAUGACAGCGGCAAGAACUGGCGGCACGUGUACAAGGCGCUGACCUUGCUGGACUACUUGCUCAAGACGGGCUCUGAGCGGGUGGCCCACCAGUGCCGGGAGAACCUCUACACCAUCCAGACGCUCAAGGACUUCCAGUACAUCGACCGCGAUGGCAAGGACCAGGGCGUCAACGUGCGCGAGAAGGUCAAGCAGGUGAUGGCCCUGCUCAAGGACGAGGAGCGCCUGCGGCAGGAGCGCAGCCACGCCCUCAAGACCAAGGAGCGCAUGGCGCUGGAGGGCACGGGCAUCGGCAGUGGGCAGCUGGGCUUCAGCCGCCGCCACGGCGAGGACUACGGGCGCUCCCGUGGUUCCCCAUCCUCCUACAACUCCUCCUCCUCGCCCCCCCGCUACACGUCCGACCUGGAGCAGGCCCGGCCUCAGACAUCAGGAGAGGAAGAGCUGCAGCUGCAGCUGGCCCUGGCCAUGAGCCGAGAGGAGGCUGACAAGCCAGUACCCCCAGCCUCCCUCAGGGACGAGGACCUGCAGCUACAGCUGGCUCUGCGCCUGAGCCGGCAGGAGCACGAGAAGGAGGUGAGGUCCUGGCGAGGAGAUGACUCCCCCACGGCCAAUGGUGCAGGGGCCGCCUCCUGCCGCCGGCCAGACCAAGAGCCGGAGAGAGAAGACAGAAAGGAGGAGGAGAAGCUGAAAACCAGCCAGUCCUCCAUCCUGGACUUGGCCGAUGUCUUCGUACCUGCCCCGGCCCCGCCCUCCACACACUGCUCUGCUGACCCAUGGGACAUCCCAGGUCUCAGGCCAAGCGCAGAGCCCAGCGGCUCCUCCUGGGGGCCCUCUGCAGACCCCUGGUCUCCCGUUCCCUCGGGAAAUGUCCUGUCCCGGAGCCAGCCCUGGGACUUGCUUCCCACACUCUCCUCCUCUGAGCCCUGGGGCAGGACCCCAGUGCUGCCUACUGGACCCCCCGCCACAGACCCCUGGGCACCCAACUCCCCCUACCACAAGCUCCCCAGCACGGGGGCAGACCCCUGGGGGGCCCCGGUGGAGACCUCAGACACACCUGCUCUAGGUAGUACUUCGACCUUGGACCUGUUUGCCAAUGCUCCAGAAUCGGCAGAGACCAAGGAGGCGCAGGCCUUGGCCCCUGGGAAGCCAGGCAGCCCUGUGGAGUUGGACCUGUUUGGAGAGCCCAGCCCAAGUUCCAAACAAAACGGCACGAAGGAGCCGGAUGCCUUUGACCUGGGCAUCCUGGGAGACGCGCUGAGCCAACCCGGCAAGGAGGCCCGCGCCUGCCGCACUCCGGAGUCCUUCCUGGGCCCCUCAGCCUCAUCCUUGGUCAACCUGGACUCGCUGGUCAAGGCGCCCCUGGCUGCAAAGACCCGGAACCCUUUCCUGACAGGUCUCAGCGCCCCAUCCCCCACCAACCCGUUCGGCGCGGGCGAGCAGGGCAGGCCGACCCUGAACCAGAUGCGCGCCGGCUCGCCGGCGCUGGGCGGGCCCGUCGGGGCGGCGCUGGGCUCCAUGACCUACAGUGCCUCGCUGCCCCUCCCGCUCAGCAGCGUGCCGGUCGCCGCGACCCUCCCCGCCUCCGCCAGCGUCUUUCCGCAGGCCGGUGCCUUCGCGCCGCCGCCCGCGAGCCUGCCGCAGCCGCUGCUGCCCACGUCCGGCUCAGCCGGGCCGCUGCACCUGCCCCCGCAGGCGGGCACCAACCCCUUCCUCUGAGGGCCGUCGGCGCAUGCGCGCGAGGCCGUGCUCGGCACCCCCCCCCCCAGGCCUGGGGCGAGGUGGUCGCGACCGUGGACCACUGAGGCAGGUGACCCCCGCCAAAGCUAGAGAUGGACUGUAUUUUGGGGGCCGAGGCCACGCCCCCACAAUAAAGACUGGACCCAAGACCUCGCUAUCACCAGGUGGACUUUUUGGGGGCGUGGCGGCCGGGUCUGGACCACAGCGCCGAUCACCGACUGCGGAAGAGACUACUGCACAACCGGGGGCGCCCCUCCUAACCCGCCCACCCCCGUCUCUCCCAUCAGCCUAGCACCUUGGCUUCCAGACGCUCCUAGGCUCCCACUCCUGCGGUCACUUCAUGUGUCACACGUGGGCACCGGGCGCCAUCUAACAGCCGAUGACAGUAGGCGUUUGUUCCCAUUUAUUGUGCACUGGUUAUGUGCUAAGCACUUUAGGCAGAGAAUUUCAUUUAGUCCUUGCAACAACCCUCUGAGGUAGGUAAUAUGAUUACUCUCUUUCAGAAGCGGCUGCGUAAUUUGGGGGCCCAAUGCUAGGUGAAAAUACAGGGCUCCUUGUUCAAACCUGGGCUGAGAAUUCCCAGGCAGGCAGCGCAAAACCUUAAACUAAGCACAAAGCCCUCCGGCGCGCGGCUGCGCAGGGCACACUCACUCUGGCAGCAGCUGGCACUGCUCCCAUUUCACAGGCGAGACGCAGAGGGGCUCCCCGGCAGCCUCAAGGCCCACCUCCCACCCCACCCCGGCUCGUGCGGCGCGGGCCUGGGAUUCGAAGGCAGACAGCCUGACUCCACCGGCUGGGCCCAGCAAAUAUUGACCAAGUGCUGGGCUCACCUGGGACAGUCGGACCGAUGGGGCCAGGAACUGCUCAGCCCACAACCUUCAGGAACUGAGAACAGCGCAGUAGGGGGCACGGACCGAGUGCGGGAGGCCACGCCCCUUUGUUUCCUGAAUCUCCCGCAGUCCAGCUCUCCCUGCCAACCACCUUCCCCAGGACUGGCAAGAAACAGCCUUCCUGGGGUUUAGGCAGGUCUGGUAUUUCAUGUUGGGGGAGGGGUCCCAGUCCCACCCACGUGGCUACCCCAGCCUACAGGACUAGAGCGGUCAGACCCACAGGGCUCAAAACUCUGCACCCCGGUUUAAAGUUGCUAAUAAGGAUAAUCACUUAGUAAUAAGUGGUUACAAGGCUCCCUGA